GGCGCUAUCUGAGUCCAUCAGAUAACAGUAUCACACGUGCAUCCGCAUAGAAUACCAAUAUGGCAAUCUAGAAUCACCGUCCAAGACACCAUUGGACGGCUGAUAUGGUUCCCGCAUACAGAUUCUAUGCAUUUCCCAACACGGAUGAUCAUGGAGCCGUCGGAUGCUUUGCUCCGAGUUGCAGGGCGUCCGGAGGAACCCCGUUCGAGAAGACCUGCGAGAAGGAAGCCUUCUCCAAAUUUUAGACUCACUUCUCUUGCGAGUCGUUGCCCAUCUUUGACGAACGAACUCUCUCCGCCUCUACCAAGGCCGAGAGAAGAAAAGAAGCAAUAAAGAAAGCGAAAGAGGGUGAGAGAGACGAAGCGAGAUCGAGAGGUCGUCGUCGUCUCGUCGUCGCCUACUAGCUUCGAAUCGGAAUCAAUGGCGCAGCAUCUGACGGAGGAGCAGAUCGCGGAGUUCAAGGCGCUCUUCGGCCUCUUCGACAAGGACGGAGACGGCUGCAUAACUACCAAAGAACUGAGCAUUGUGAUGAGAUCCUUGGGACAGAAUCCAACUGAAGCUGAACUGCAGGAUAUGAUCAAUGAAGUUGAUGCUGAUCAAAAUGGAGCCAUUGAUUUUCCUGAGUUUUUGAAUUUGAUGGCAUGCAAAAUGAAAAACACUGAUUCUGAGGAAGAACUGAAGGAAGCAUUCAAAGUGUUUGACAAGGAUCGGAACGGUUUUAUAUCUGCUACAGAUCUCCGUAAUGUGUUGACAAACCUUGGAGAGAAGCUGACAGAUGAGGAAGCUAACGAGAUGAUACGAGAAGCGGAUAUUGAUGGUGACGGGCAAGUGAACUACGAGGAGUUUGUGAUAAUGAUGUUGGCCAGGUGAGGUUGCCAUCUUUUUCCGGUGGGAAGGAAAGGGGAGGGGGUGCAUGUGAACUACGAGAAGCAUAUGAAGAUAUCCGAAAUGAUGAUACCUCAAGUGGCGUUACUGAUGUGCACGUCGGGAAGGUUAUUAGGCUAGCCAGUCUUGAUUCUAUUUGCAUGAAAAACAGAUGGCCUUAAUCUCCGGCCCAAUUAAAUUAGAGCUUUUAAUUAUCUAGAUGACCAAAUAGACUUACAAUACACGAGCUUAUCCUCUUAAUCCAAUAAGAGUAGAAUAUGAACAAGGACUACAAGCGUGGUGGCAUCUAGUGAAAUGCAAAACUUCUCAUGUUGUAAACAAUUUCAUGUCUAAAAUCGGUGCAGCUUUGUCUUUGAAAAAAUUUGUGUCCAAGAUGUUUUCUGUGACAGUGUUUUCUUUCUAAAGGUUAUUCAGUUAUUCUA